AUGGCCAUCAUCACUCGCCCUCCCGCUAAUGCCUUUGUCGCGGCCUUGCGCAAGGUGUACAACCCCAUCGGGUUCCGCAAGGGUUACAACUUUAUCUUGUGGUUUAUCUUUUGCGGAGCUCUUUUCGGCUUCUGCCUUGCUCAUUUUAUGUAUCUCGACUUUGAUGGCGUGUACUGCUCUCUGAGACCCGGGGGUGCCAACUCUGCUGGCCCAGGCGAGUGCUACUCGUACAAGUCGCACCCGGUCUACCUGAUUGGCAUCAAGCUGCACCUCUUCACGAUUAUACCAGGUGCAUUUCUGGCCUGCUUCCAAUUUGUUCCCUUUAUUCGACUCAAUUAUACCAUCGUCCACCGCAUCAAUGGCUACCUGGUCAUACUGCUGAGCGUUCUGGGCACAGUCGGCGCUUUCAUGAUAGCUCGCAUCGCAUUCGGGGGCGGCAUCGACAUCCAGACUAUCACGGGUCUCCUUGGAAUCAUGUUUCUUUGUUCCAUCUUCAUUGCCUUGUUUAACAUCAAGACUCUGCAGCUGGAGCAACACCGUGCAUGGAUGCUGAGAGCUUGGUUCUACGCCGGAAGCAUAAUAACCUGUCGGCUCAUAAUGUCCAUCAGCGCCAGCAUCGUGAGCAAUAAAGGGCCGUACUAUGCACCUAUGAGCUGCGCCAAGCUCUCGACAUUCUACACCAACACUACAGCUCUGCAAGCUUUACACCCGGCCUGCUCUGACCUUUCAUCGUGGUCUCUUGCUCGAGCCAGCAUGUCUGGGGUGGCAGAAAAUGCAGCAGCUGCAUUGAACAUUACAUUCGGCUCGGCUCUUUGGUUGGCCCUAGCGAUGCACGCCAUUGGUGUGGAAUUCUAUUUGCACCUUACUCCAGCAGAGGGUGAAAGACUUCGGAAUAUUUCAUACCAGCGACAGUUGGAGGCGGGAUAUUCAAAGCCAGGACGUGCAGGCCUUACAGCCGACCGUCUUGGUGAUGCCAAAGUCUGGGAACCAAAUGCAGGCAUGGAUGGCACUACACAACUAUGCAAGUAG